CUGAAGCGCUGAAGAUGACGGUGUCGUACACCCUGGAGGUAGCGAACGCUCGCUUCGCAGGAUUUACUAAACUCCUGCUCCGCUGGAAGGGCAGCAUCUACAAACUGCUCUAUAAAGAGUUCCUCGUCUUCUGCUUCCUGUACGGCCUCUUGAGUGUCAUCUACAGGUGUGUAUUGAGUGAAGUUCAGCAGGAGCUGUUUGAGCGAGCCGCACGUCACUGUAAUAAAUUUGCUAAACUCAUCCCCAUGUCAUUUGUCCUGGGGUUCUACAUCUCGACGGCGUUCCAGCGGUGGUGGGGUCAGUACACCAGUUUCCCUCUCCCUGAUAAUCUGAUGAUGGUGGUGUCGGGGAACGUGCACGGUGUAGACGAGCGCGGCCGGAUGCUGAGGCGAACGCUAAUGAGGUACGCCAACCUGUCGUCAGUCCUCAUCCUGCGCUCCAUCAGCACGCGCGUACGCAAGAGGUUCCGCACGCUCCGCGACAUCGUCGAGGCGGGGUUUAUGACAGACGUGGAGUUGGAGACUCUGAAUCAUCUUCACUCAGACUUUAAUAAAUACUGGAUGCCUCUGACGUGGUUCAGUAAUCUGGCGUCGAGAGCGAGAGAAGAGGGACGAGUGAAAGAUGACAUCGCUCUCAGACUCCUGAUGGAUGAGCUGAAUAAUUACAGAGGGAAAUGCAGCAUGCUCUUCCACUACGACUGGAUCAGCAUCCCACUCGUCUACACUCAGGUGGUCACAGUAGCCGUCUACUCCUUCUUUGCGUUCUGUCUGAUCGGACGUCAGUUUGUGAGGCCUGAGAAAGCGGACGAGCUGCGAGUGCACGUGGACCUGUACGUCCCCGUCUUCACCCUGCUCGAGUUCUUCUUCUACGCCGGCUGGCUGAAGGUCGGAGAACUCAUCAUCAACCCGUUCGGUGAGGACGACGACGAUUUCGAAACCAAUCAGCUGAUCGAUCGGAACAUUCAGGUGUCGAUGCUGGCGGUGGACGACAUGCACCAGAACCUUCCUCCUCUCCAGAAGGACAAAUACUGGACAGAUAAGGGCCUGAGUCCCGCGCGGCCCGUGUUUAUGGGCUCCACAUACGACAUGAGGGUGACUGAUGAGGACAUGGAGGACGUGAUGGCCGAGGAUCACAUGGUGCCGGUCAGCGUCUGGCCUCCGGCUGCGAAGAAACAGAAGAAAAGCCGAGCAGCAAAGUGUUUCUGCUGCUGCAGUAAACACACCACACCUGCUGAGAAGAUGCAUGAAGGAGAAGCUGAGGGGAUCCACAUGAUCCCAACUAAAACACACACUGGAUCACAGGGUGAGGACACGACGCAGACGGACGCACAGACGCAGUGUGUGCUGACUUUAGAGCGCUCUGAUGAAGAUCAGGCCUCUGAGAUACGAGACGUCUGACCCGGGACACAGAGCUCACAGCUGCAGACCUGCGAGUCUCUCAGACACAGGAGGAACUCUGGAGGAACUCUGGAGGAACCAAAGGAUUUAAAGCCAAUGUAUUUAAAUACAGGUGUAGUUUGGAUGAAAUCAUCUGACUGUAAUGAGUUUUUAAAAAUUACAACAUUAAUGACGGUUGUAGAUUCAGAAGCUUUGAUGUAUAAACUGGAAUAAAUCCACCUCUGGAGUUCAGUCCAGCUGCUGUGUGAUGUGCGUGUGGUCUGUAUGAUCUAUAAGGAUUAAACUGGGUCAGUACACUAGUACACAUUACCUUCAUGUGGUUUAGAUUUAUACUGUCUGGACAAUUUAAACACUGUGUUUGAGGUUUAAUGUGACCCCUGCUCUAAAGUCUGUGGUUUAGGAUCCAGAAGCCUGUUAAAGGACAAUCACUUACAGCACAUUUAUUCACCUUCACAAAAGUCUUGAUCCCCCCUUCAUUUCUAUAUAUUGAAUAAAGUCAAGUUUAAAAACCA